GACGAGGGGCUCCCUCCCCUGUUCGCCCAACUCCACUAACUGUUUCUCUCUCUAAACUCCUAUAAACGUUUCUCUCUCUAGGGUUAGACCACACGCAUAAAUUCAUCGCCCCGUCCCUCUCUCUCUCAACAGUCUCGAAUCCAGACUACACGCAUUAAUUCGCGGCCUGUAUCUCUCUUCCCUCCCCGUAUUCCUCUUUCUCUCUCUACCAGCUGCUCUCUCUCUCUCUCUUACAAUCUACAUAAACACAAAUUUGCCAGCCGGUUUCUCUCUCCAUCGCCAUCGCCAUCGCCAUCGCCGGUGCUUGACGGCAAUGCCUGGUAAAUGAACCCCUAACUUCUCCUUCUCCCUGUCCUCUGGUUCAUCCAUGGCGGAUUACCAGGGUUACAGGACCUAUGGAGACCGCAAACUCGAGAUCGUGAAUGGCAAGGCCUUCAGCGCUAACCAGUCGUAUCUAGCUGCUCGAUCUCCGCCUCGCCUGCCGCCGGUGAAAACCACUGGAAAAUCAAAGAGCAGAAGCUCGGUGAGGCCGUGGUGUUUGAGCGAUCCAGAGAUGAAGAGGAGGAAGAGGGUCGCGGGUUAUAAGGUUUAUGCAGUGGAGGGAAGGGUUAAGGCCUCUUUUCGCAGAAGUUUCAGAUGGAUCAAGGACAAAUGUUCAGAACUCAUUCAUGGCUGGAAAGCCGAGUGGAAUCUCACAAACUUACAAGAAAUACAAAUUGCUUGCCAUAUGUUAUCAGCUAUAUCAGGCAAUCAUUUCAAAAGAGGUGAUAUCAUACACAAAUAAGUCUCGAUUGACUUAUUUGUUGAAGCUAGACCAUCAGUUCUCAAUGAUGAUCCAAUUUGAACGGCAAGUAGGGCCGGCCACUGUAAACAUGUGGACCCUUCAAAAUGCCGCCUCAUGAUCAAAGAAGUGCCCAUCCUGUGACUUCUUCAAGAGCCUAAAUAAGGCACUAUGCAAAUUUGGCAUCCAUCAUAGACCUUUCUUCUUUAAUAUAAAAAAUUCCAACAUUCAAUAUUGG